AUGCGGCACCCCUCUUUGUCCCUCCUCUGCGUGUCAAGGCUAGUGCCCACAGUGGCAAGCAGAUGCCCAAAAAGCACUGCCUUGUUCUACAGCAUUGCUCUCGCCCGCACCCACCCAUCCUGUCUCUCUCGUGCACCUCGCAUCCCGUGCAAGGACCAAGUGGUGGUGGGCGAGGGCGAGUGCUAUGCGCGCGAGGAGGAGAGCGCGGUGGUGGACGACAUGGUCAAGCUCGCCUACCUGCACGAGCCGGGCGUGCUGCACAACCUCAUGCAGCGCUACCAGCGUAACCUCAUCUACACGUACACGGGCAGCAUCCUGAUAGCAGCCAACCCCUUCAUGCGCCUGCCGGGCAUCUACGAUCGGGACAUGCGUGAUGCCUACCGCGGCCAGCCACUGGGCGAGCUCAGCCCGCACGUGUUCGCCAUUGCUGAUAACGCCUACAGAGCGAUGCGGGAGGAGCGGCGCAGCCAGUCGAUUCUGAUCAGCGGGGAGAGCGGGGCGGGCAAGACGGAGACAACGAAGCUGGUGAUGGAGUACCUGGCGUCCGUGGGGGGGCGCGCUGACAGCGACGGGGAGAGGAGCAUCGAGAACCAAGUGCUGGAGUCCAACCCUCUGCUGGAAGCGUUUGGGAAUGCCAAGACUGUGCGCAAUGACAACUCCAGUCGUUUUGGCAAGUUCAUAGAGAUCCAGUUUGACGAGCGGGGCCGUGUGUCAGGGGCAGCCAUCCGGUCGUACCUGUUGGAGCGGUCGAGAGUCGUGCAGAUCGCCGACCCCGAGAGGAACUACCACUGCUUCUACCAGCUCUGUGAUGGGGCCAGCCCUGAGGAGGCGGAGCUCCUAAAGCUCCCACCCGGCCCCAACAGGGCGCAGCACUUCCACUACCUGAACCAGAGCCGGUGCUUCGAGCUGCAGGGCAAGUCCAGCAACGCCGAGGAGUAUGGCAAGACCCGCAGUGCCAUGCGCGUCAUUGGCAUCUCCGACGACGAGCAGAUGUCCAUCCUGCGCCUACUAGCAGCGGUGCUGCAUCUGGGAAACGUGGAGUUCAGGGAGAAGGGCGACAAGCUGCGCAUCGCCAAGCACGCCGAAUCCUCCCUCGACACCGUCGCCUCGCUCCUCUCGUGCGACCGCAAGAAGCUGCAGGACUCGCUGUGCACGGUGAAGCGCAAGGUGGGGGGGGAGACGAUCAAGAGCGCUCUCGACGUCAAGGCUGCCACUGUCAGGCGUGACACGCUCGCUAAGACCCUCUACUCCAAGCUCUUUGACUGGAUCGUGCAGAAGGUGAACAGCUCCAUAGGGCAGGACCCCAGGGCCAUGGCCAUCAUCGGCGUGCUUGAUAUCUACGGCUUCGAGCACUUCAAGAUCAACAGCUUUGAGCAGUUCUGCAUCAAUCUUGCCAAUGAGAAACUGCAGCAGCAUUUCAACCAGCACGUGUUGAAGCUGGAGCAGGAGGAGUACGAGAAGGAGCAGAUUAACUGGAGCUACAUCAACUUCCGUGACAACCAGGACGUGCUCGACCUCAUAGAGGGGGACAAGGGCAUACUCAGCAUCCUCGACUCUGCCUGCCGCCUGGCGCAGGCCAGGCUUCACCCAGUCGCUGCUCAUUGCCUUUCUGCAUCACGAUUGCUUCUCUUCCUUCUUCCUCCCCCCUGCGCCUCUUUCCCAUCCCUCUUGCGCCACCCUCCCUCCUCUCCCCUCAGCCACCUUGCUGUGCGAUGCCUUCCUUCCCAUCUUUCCUUCACCCCCUUCCAAUCCCCCCUUCCAGCCGCCUGGCGCAAUCCACUGCCGAGGGCUACUGUGUCGCUGUACGGCGCCUUCCUCCAGCACGACCACUUCUCUUCCCCCUUCCUUCCCCCACCUUACCUCUUCCUUUCCCUACUCUUCCCCCCCCUCCCCUCCUCCCCCUUUCGCUCCCUUCGCCCUUCCAGCCGCCUGGCGCAGUCAACAGCGGAGGGCUUUACCCUAUCGCUGUACGACGCCUUCCUCCGCCACGACCGCUUCUCCAAGUCCAAGGGCUCCGUCACUGACUUCACUCUCGAGCACUACGCCGGGCAGGUGAAGUACAGCACGGCGGAGUUCAUAAGCAAGAACAUGGACGCGGUGGUAUCAGAGCACGAGGUGCUGCUGCAGAAGUCCACCGACCCCUUUGUGGCCGCGCUCUUCCCGCCCGCACCGCCCGACGACAAGGCCGGCAAGGCCACCAGCAAGUUCGCCUCGCUGGGCCGCUCCUUCAAGCAACAACUGGCACAGCUGAUGGAGACACUCAACCGCACUGAACCGCACUACAUCCGGUGCAUCAAGCCGAACGCCAAGAGUCGGCCGGGCAUGUUUGAGCGCGCCAUGGUCACGGACCAGCUGCGCUCGGGAGGAGUGCUAGAGGCCAUCCGCAUGUGCUCCGCCGGCUACCCCACUCGUCGCACCUUUGAGGACUUUGUCGACCGCUUUGCUCUGCUGCUGCCCUCGCUGCUCGACCAGGACUUGUCAGACGUGGAGUAUGUGGAGGCGCUGCUCAAGCACGCCAAGCUCGAGAACUACCAGAUCGGGCUGACCAAGGUGUUCCUGCGGGCGGGGCAGAUGGCGCUGCUGCAGAGCAUGCGCCUGGACGCCAUGAACGAAGCUGCCAGGAAGAUUCAGCGCGCCACGCGGCACUUCCUCUUCAUGCGCCACCGCAGGCGCGCCGCCCUGCUCAUCCAGACGCACUGGCGAGGCCACUGUGCGCGCGCGUCAUACCAGCAGCUGCGGAGGAAUGUGGCAGCGACAACCAUCCAGGCAGCAGAGAGAGGGCGGCAGCAGCGCCUGCGCUUCCUGCACCUGCGCCACGCCGCUGUGGUGGUGCAGGCCGCUGUGCGCAUGCACCUCUGCCGCACCGCCUACAUCAACACGCGCCGCCGCCUGGCCGCCACGCGCAUUCAGAGCACGUGGCGAGGGUACAUGCACAGGCGGCCAUGGAGGGCGCUCAAGCACAUGCUGGCGGGUAGAGUGGCGCGCCUCCGACUGCACAACCUCAAGCUCGAGGCGAGUCGGCAGGCGGAGUUGGCGCCGCCGCGCAAGAAGACAGAUGUGGCCAUCGAUACCAUCCGCAUGAUGAUGCUCCGAGUCAUGCGGGUGAGCGGAGAGGGGUUUGCAGCAGCAGGCGGAGUAGGAGGAGGAGCAGCAGGGCCCCUCAGCAGCCUUCCUUCCUUCGGCGGGUCAGGCUUCUCGUCGUCCUCCUCCUCGCCCUCUGCUGCUGCCGCUGCCGUGGCUGCCAUAGCAGGGGGCGCGCUGGGAGUGAUGGUGGACAAGCAGGUGGCGUCGCAGCAGGGCGGUGGAAGAGGCGGCAAUCUGGGGGUGCCAGAGGGGUCCAGGAUCCUCGCGCGCAUGGCGUCAAGAAGGCACCCCUCGCCGCACACGCCUGCCAGUCACCCCUCGUGGGAGGAAACCGCUGCUGCCGCUGCUGCUGGCGGUGCUGCGGGCGGUGCGAGUGCUGCUCUCACCGGCUCCCCGUCCUUCUCCUCCUCCUCCAGUCGCUCCUCGCCCGUCCCUCCCCUGCCUCCCUCCUCCGUGGCUUCCCCCCCUGGCAGCGGUGGCGGGGGUGGCAUGGCGGCAGCAGCGGCGGCAGCGGUGGCAGCGAUGGACAGCGCAGCAGCGGCCAGGGUGGCAGCGACGGGGGCAGGGGCAGCGGCAGGAGGGGACGGCACGCACGACGGUGGGCACAGGGGCCAUGGCGGUGUGGCGGAGGGCCAUCAUCUGCCGAGCAUACAGGAGACGGCGUCACGGGAGGAGGGCGAGGAGAAGAAGGUGGUUGCUGUCAGCCGGACCAGCAGCGGCGGCAGCGGCACCGGCGAGUUUGGUGGCAGCAGCGGGGGGCUGAGGCACGUGCGGUUCCCAUCCCUUGGCCCGGAGGAGAGCGAGGCAGAGGCUGGGUACAAUCGGGCGAGCACGCUGCCUGUGGGGAGGAGCAUGCUACGGCAGCAGUCCAUGGUGAAGACCCUCAAACCCGCUGCCAACGGCGAUGCUGCUGGGGGCUCUGGCGGCGCAACCGACGGUGCAGAUGCACGGCUGGCGAGGAUCCGACGGCUGCAGUCGUCGAACCCGCGGAUGGGCGGAGGAGGAGGAGCAGGGGGGGAGGGUGGUGGCGGGCCGGGAGUGCCGCGGCCGCUGGUGUCGGCCAAGUCGCUCACCCGCGACGAGGCCGUGCGCAUGCUGGCUGUCGCCCAGCGAGAUGCAGAGGAGGCGCUCAAGGUGAGGGGGGCGCACAAGGUGAGGGGGGCGCACAAGGUGAGGGGGGCGCACAAGGUGAGGGCAAGCAAGGCGCGAGAGGUGCGCACGCUCAGCCAGAGGCUGCUGGCAUCGCAGGCAGAGAGCGAGACAGAGGAGAUGCCCGUCGACAAGCAGCAGGUGCGUGCCGUCGACAAGCAGCAGGUGCGUGCCGUCGACAAGCAGCAGGUGCGUGCCGUCGACAAGCAGCAGGUGCGUGCCGUCGACAAGCAGCAGGUGCGUGCCGUCGACAAGCAGCAGGUGCGUGGACAAGCAGCAGGUGCGUGGACAAGCAGCAGGUGCGUGGACAAGCAGCAGGUGCGUGGACAAGCAGCAGGUGCGUGGACAAGCAGCAGGUGCGUGGACAAGCAGCAGGUGCGUGGACAAGCAGCAGGUGCGUGGACAAGCAGCAGGUGCGUGGACAAGCAGCAGGUGCGUGGACAAGCAGCAGGUGCGUGGACAAGCAGCAGGUGCGUGGACAAGCAGCAGGUGCGUGGACAAGCAGCAGGUGCGUGGACAAGCAGCAGGUGCGUGGACAAGCAGCAGGUGCGUGGACAAGCAGCAGGUGCGUGGACAAGCAGCAGGUGCGUGGACAAGCAGCAGGUGCGUGGACAAGCAGCAGGUGCGUGGACAAGCAGCAGGUGCGUGGACAAGCAGCAGGAGCUGCUGCUGUCGGAGGUGGCGAGCAGCCGCUUCCCCUUCGGCCCCGAGGGGCAGCCAGUGGCGGCGUGCAUGGUGUACCGCGCGCUGCUGCAGUGGGGCGCGCUGGAGGCGGAGCGCACCAACACGUUCGACCGCAUCGUCGAGGCCUUCCAGCGCGGCUCAAACGACCAGCUGCUGCCCGCGCAGGCCUACUGGCUCACCAACCACGUCGUGCUCUACUACCUCGUGCAGGUGGUGUACCAGCCGCCAGUGGAGCAGCCCGUCCAGGAGAGCUUCUCCUUCUCCUUCUUUGGCAUGGCCUCCCGCCCCGCCGCCCCUCCCAAGGCAGCGGUGGAGCGGGUGGACGUGAUGCUGUUCAAGCAGCAGCUGGCGACGGGCACGGAGCGCCUCUUCGUCACCAUCAGGGACGCCGCCAAGGCUCAACUCAACAGGCACUUUGCACUGCCCUCGCAGGUCGGUCGCCUGUCCUCUGCUUGUUUCUACUUGCCUCUUGUCACCCCACCACCGCUCCUUCAAGCUCGCGCACAAGCUCUCCCACCCCCCUGCCCUCUCCCCUCGCACGGCUCCCAGGAGGCGGCAGUGGAAGCAGAGGGCGACCUGGCAGCCGGUGACGUGGAGGCAGGGAAGGGCGGCAAGGCGGGCGGGGCAGGGGGCAGGCGGCUGGCGCGGGCGAAGGCGAGGGCAGGGGGGCGGUCGGGGGCAGCGAUGGUGCGGAAGCACGUGGUGAACUACUGGGCCAACGUGGUGGUCACUCUCAAGCAGGUGAACUACUGGGCCAACGUGGUGGUCACUCUCAAGCAGGUGAACUACUGGGCCAACGUGGUGGUCACUCUCAAGCAGGUGAACUACUGGGCCAACGUGGUGGUCACUCUCAAGCAGGUGAACUACUGGGCCAACGUGGUGGUCACUCUCAAGCAGCAGGUGACGGCCACGCUGGCAGCGAACCACGUGCCGGCGGUGGUGGUGGAUGCGCUGCUGCGACAGCUGCUCUUCUUCGUCAACGUCAAGAUCGUCAACGGCAACGGGGAGUUGAUGGAGGAGGGGUUGGGGCGGUUGGAGCAGUGGGUGCACGACGUGGAGGUGCAGCUCAAGGACGCCAUGGGCGCCUCCAAGGAGCCCCUCAAGCGCGAGCUCAGACACAUCCGCCAGGCCAUCUACUUCCUCACGCUGGACCACAAGCCGCGGCGGUCGCUGGAGGAGAUAGAGGAGCUGUGUCCGGACCUGACGCUGAACCAGCUGGUGCACAUGUGCAUCUGGUACGAGGACGACGCGUACGGCACCAAGGGCGUCGACCCCUCCGUCACCGAGCGCAUGUGGGCGCUCAUGGUGGACGACUGCCCCAUGCUGCUCAAGGACGACGAGAGCAUCCCCUUCACGGUGGACGACAUAGCCCUGGCCAUGCCCGCCAUGCACAUCGACGACUUGGAGCCGCCGCCCGAGCUGCAGCACGACCCCGCCUUCCACUUCCUCCUGCCCUACAGCGCCAGCGCCGCUGCCCCUCACAGCAACGCUGCUGCGCUCCCCUCCACGCCGUCCAUGCCGGCCCUUGCCACCUCCUCCGACCGCUCCAUCCACCUGCCGUCUUGUUCCUCUCGUUCUGUAUGUGUCUUUUCUUGCCCACUCCGUGUACGUUCGUCUUGUUCGUGUAUUUGUUUGUUUUGCCUGUGUUCGUUUGUUCUACCUACCUACCUACCUACCUGCGCCCUCGUGCCUUGUGCCUUGUGCCUUGUGCUUCGUGCCUCGUGCUUCGUGCCUCGUGCCUCGUGCCUCGUGCAUCGUGCGCCCUGCUCCGCGCUGUUGCUCUGCACGCGCGGUUGCCCGCGCCCUCGUGCGCCCUACCCUACCUGCUCCGCGCUGUUGCUCUGCACGCGCGGUUGCCCGCGCCCUCGUGCGCCCUACCCUACCUGCUCCGCGCUGUUGCUCUGCACGCGCGGUUGCCCGCGCCCUCGUGCGCCCUACCCUACCUGCUCCGCGCUGUUGCUCUGCACGCGCGGUUGCCCGCGCCCUCGUGCGCCCUACCCUACCUGCUCCGCGCUGUUGCUCUGCACGCGCGGUUGCCCGCGCCCUCGUGCGCCCUACCCUACCUGCUCCGCGCUGUUGCUCUGCACGCGCGGUUGCCCGCGCCCUCGUGCGCCCUACCCUACCUGCUCCGCGCUGUUGCUCUGCACGCGCGGUUGCCCGCGCCCUCGUGCGCCCUACCCUACCUGCUCCGCGCUGUUGCUCUGCACGCGCGGUUGCCCGCGCCCUCGUGCGCCCUACCCUACCUGCUCCGCGCUGUUGCUCUGCACGCGCGGUUGCCCGCGCCCUCGUGCGCCCUACCCUACCUGCUCCGCGCUGUUGCUCUGCACGCGCGGUUGCCCGCGCCCUCGUGCGCCCUACCCUACCUGCUCCGCGCUGUUGCUCUGCACGCGCGGUUGCCCGCGCCCUCGUGCGCCCUACCCUACCUGCUCCGCGCUGUUGCUCUGCACGCGCGGUUGCCCGCGCCCUCGUGCGCCCUACCCUACCUGCUCCGCGCUGUUGCUCUGCACGCGCGGUUGCCCGCGCCCUCGUGCGCCCUACCCUACCUGCUCCGCGCUGUUGCUCUGCACGCGCGGUUGCCCGCGCCCUCGUGCGCCCUACCCUACCUGCUCCGCGCUGUUGCUCUGCACGCGCGGUUGCCCGCGCCCUCGUGCGCCCUACCCUACCUGCUCCGCGCUGUUGCUCUGCACGCGCGGUUGCCCGCGCCCUCGUGCGCCCUACCCUACCUGCUCCGCGCUGUUGCUCUGCACGCGCGGUUGCCCGCGCCCUCGUGCGCCCUACCCUACCUGCUCCGCGCUGUUGCUCUGCACGCGCGGUUGCCCGCGCCCUCGUGCGCCCUACCCUACCUGCUCCGCGCUGUUGCUCUGCACGCGCGGUUGCCCGCGCCCUCGUGCGCCCUACCCUACCUGCUCCGCGCUGUUGCUCUGCACGCGCGGUUGCCCGCGCCCUCGUGCGCCCUACCCUACCUGCUCCGCGCUGUUGCUCUGCACGCGCGGUUGCCCGCGCCCUCGUGCGCCCUACCCUACCUGCUCCGCGCUGUUGCUCUGCACGCGCGGUUGCCCGCGCCCUCGUGCGCCCUACCCUACCUGCUCCGCGCUGUUGCUCUGCACGCGCGGUUGCCCGCGCCCUCGUGCGCCCUACCCUACCUGCUCCGCGCUGUUGCUCUGCACGCGCGGUUGCCCGCGCCCUCGUGCGCCCUACCCUACCUGCUCCGCGCUGUUGCUCUGCACGCGCGGUUGCCCGCGCCCUCGUGCGCCCUACCCUACCUGCUCCGCGCUGUUGCUCUGCACGCGCGGUUGCCUGCGCCCUCAGCAGGUCCUUCGCUAG